UAAAAUAGCCUUCAGAAAGCUAAUAAUAUUAUAAUUAAGAAAUUGUUUAUGUAAAUCACUUUGGUAUACUUGAGAAGACUAAAGACUGACAAGUGAAAGCAUACCAAAAAUCCCCCGGAAAUAUGCUCUAAAAACAACCAAAAAUUACUAAAAAAUAAGUAACACAAUUGAAACUGAAUUUAUGUUGUAAAAGGGUUGAAGCAUCCCGCGCAAUGCAAUGGAAGCUAAAAAAAAUGCCAAUAAUUGUUAAUAAUAACUAAAAAAGAACAAAACAAUAAAAACCAUAACUCAAAAACAGUACAUAAAAACGCAACUUACACCACUCAGAUUAAAACAUGCAAUAAAUCAAUUAAUUAAUGGCACAUAAAAAGCAAUUGUUGAUAAUGUUGCGGUGAAUUUAAAUAAAUAUAAAAUUUGAUUCAGAAAAUAUAAAAAAAUUGUUUGCCUAAAAAAAUGAAAAGUGCAUGGAAAGCACAUUUUUUCCUUUGCUAAAGUGAAUUGAGUUCAGUGCGUUUAAUAAUAAUAAAAAGAGUGGCAUAAAAGUCUAGCUUAUUAACAAAAGCAGAAAAAAGACAAAAAGCCGGUGGCUGAAUUUCGAUGUCAGAAAUUGUUGCUCUAUCAGCGCUUAAAUAACUGUAAAACUAAUAAAAGACCGAAUUCUUUGUGUUUCUGACUCAAACAUAUAUAUACUUGUGAAACUCUUAAUAAAAAGAUAACGUGAAAUAGCCAUAAUUUGGCAGUUAUUUUGUGCUUAAAACGCUUUGUUGAUGUGUUGAACAAUUAACUGAUGAAAAUAUGAAUUACCAAAAAGGCAUUAAGGAUCCCAAUUUGGAGCGGCAUACUAAAGGUAAAUCACGUCAUUUUACGGUGAACGGUUUUAAUACGCAUGCACAGCAGCAGCAACAGCAGCUACAGCAACAGCAAUCACAACAGCAACAGAACCAAAGUGACGUGCGUAAUAUUUAUAAUAACCCUUACACACCACCUACAGCACCAACAACUACUACAUUGAGUCAACAACAACAGCAAGUACAUCGUUUGCAACAACAGCAACAGCAAUUGUUGUAUAAAUCUAUAGCUAGUAGUGGUGUUGGUCCAAAUCAAUACGAUUACCCACCAACGGCUGCAAGUGAACAUCAACUACAGUACCAACAACAGCAGCAACAACUUCAACUGCAACAACAACAGCAGCAGCAACAACAGCAACAACAAUUGAGCAGCGUCUUGGAAGCAGACAAUAACGCCUUCACCAGUCAUAAUAAAG